CAGAAAACUGAGAAGGAUAAGUGGUGGUUGGGUAUCGGAAUUGAAGAGAAAGCUUUCAACUUUUGAUAAACAAGAGGAGCGGAUACAUUACAAGUACCAACCUUGAGUGAGUGGUGGAGAAGUAUGAAGUACAAGAACGAUCUAGUUAGAACUGAAAACUACUAGCGACUUUCAAGAAAAAAAACCCAUGUGGCUCUGAGAACUUGCUUUGCUAAGUUAACACAAUGUUCUUCUUAUUUGUCUUUUGGUUUUGAUUGAAAGUUUUGCAUUUGUUACUAUGUUGAAUGUAUUUAUUUGGUUCCCAAAAAGACCCACUUACAUUGUCAGUCUGUUGAGUAAGUGCAAACAAAAAUAGGAGGUUUAUGAACCGAAUAAGCACAUUACUACUUCAGGUGCUAAAAAUGUAGUUUUUACAUAACUUCAAACAUAAAAGAACCAAUUUGUAGCAUCCCCUUUUGAGGUAUAUGAUGAAAUAUUUAAUAGUAUUGAAUAACUAGGGCUGGACAAAAAACUUGAAUCUGAAGACUCAAACUGAAUGAUUAAUUCAAAAAAACCCCUUUUGAGGUAGAUUAGCUAGGGCUGGACAGAAAAUCCGAAUCUGAAGGACCGAACAAAAUUUGAUCCAAAAGUAGUACCGAACCCCAAAUGAAAUUGGUUAAAUAUUCGAACGGGUUCAAAAUUUUAAGUAUCUAGAGAACCGGAACUGAACCAGACCCAACCUGAAGUAUUUCGGGUACCCGAAUAUAUUCGAAAUAGAUUUAAAUAUCUAAAUAUAUUUAUUAUUUUCACAUUUAAUAUAUAUAAAAAUACUCAAAAUAUAUAACAUAUUUUGACGUUCUCCAAAAUACUUGAAAAUAUAUACAAAUAUUCAAAAGUAAAUGUCUAAACAAUAUUUAAAACACCAUAAAUACUUGAAAUAUCUAUUGAUUCUCUAUCAAAAAAUUCAAAUCAAUCUAAUUUAUAUGUUAAGUUUAGGUAUUUUGGCAUACGCCAUAAAUUAUUCAAAUUUAUAUGUAACAUAUUAUAAUGUUUUGAAUUUUGAGAAAUUUAAAGUAUAUAAUGGCUUUAAAAUUUUUAAAAAAAUUUAAAUGGGUUAUCCGAACCGAACCCGAACCAAACUCUCAAACUAAGAUGGGUAACGAUCCUGGGGCGCAACGGAGACGGUGCAUUCUUAGAGAGGGGAUGAAUUGUAACAUCUCAGUUUAUGGUAUAUAGAAUGUUUUAGAAGAAUUGGUUUGGUUACCUAUGUCACCAAAAUGCACUUACAUUCUCCAUCACACAACCUUUUAGAAUUCUAGAGUUAAGCAUGUUUAAACUUGAGUAAUGAAAGGAUCAGUGACCCAAUGGAAAGUGAUUCGUGAUAUUGUGUGAGUGAUGCCAAAACACGGAGUAAAAUCAUGUGGUGAUUGCAAGGUUAGCAAACAAGACUUUCAAACUUUCGAAAAAUUAACACAUCGCCGGUCGGACGGGAUCGGGCUGAGUAAGCGAACGUGGAAGACCUAUUAACCGUUGGUGGACAGAGCGUGACAAUAUUUUUCUAGAUUAAUGAACAAUUUUAGUUUCGAGGUUGCCCUCAUCUUCUUCCUCUGAAUACCUUAAAACCCUUAGAAGAUAUAAGACUAAAUAUUCUUGUAUACGCAGAUCCUAAUCAAAAUCAAGUAAAAAAAUAAAAAGGACAAACUUUCAUUCAAUAGACGGCUGCUAUGGGGUAAGACUUGCAUAAAUGGUGUAAGCUUUUGAUGUUCAGCGAGAAGCUCUGUCUUUUUUUUUAAACUCAAAUUCAACAUUCAUUCACCAAUACAUCGAUACAAGGACUUGAUCACAAGAGACUUAUACCAGUAAUGCAUUGAGCUGAUCUAGUAACAUCCUGAAUCACUUGAAUGGAUCAAACGCAAUUGAUAUCACUCAAAUUACCAUAAGGAGUUAAUUACUCUCUCAAAUAAGAAGUUCAUAUGUAGUACUUAGGGAUCAAAUCCACAUAGACUUUAGGAUUACACAGAAGAUUUAUAGUCUUCGAAAUAAAGCUAGAUUAAUAGGUUUUAAGCAAUAAAUGAAGUGGUAUGCAAGGUAGUUGCUCGAUUGGUUUGAUUUUAUUUACAAUUCUAAAUUGAUAUAUAUUAUAAUAUAUAUAAGGUGUGUUUAUCACUUUUAAAACAUAAUGAUUUUACCAUAUAUGUUUUUUAUUGAAUAGAUUGUUUCAAACUUUCACAUAAAUUAGGUUUUUUUUAUUAUGUUUUUUGGAUUGUUAUUUCAUUAUUUAACUCGUAUUUUAUAUAAAUAUUGGUAAAUAUUUUUUAUUGUUACCUCGAAAAUAUUGUAAUAUUUCACAAAUUUAAAAAGUUUUAAAAUUAAAUUUUUACCUACAUAUAUUAUCGAGUAGAUUUACAUUUGAGUAUACUUGUCUCCAUCAAAUUGUUUCAAAUUUCACAUGUGUUUGUUUGUUCUUAUAUGUUUUUUUGUUUGUUGGAUUAGUAUUUCAUUAUUAAAAAAAAUAGAAAUGGAAUUUGGAAAAUAUUAAAACAUUAUUAUCUCCAAAUAUAAUAAAACAUUUCACAAAAUAAGAAACUUAACAAAAACUAAACCUUAAGCUUCAUGUAUAAAUUUUAUAAAGAAUUUAAUUUAACAUUUCAUUAUAUUUUUUAAAAUAAAUUAUAUAAUUUUAAAAGUUAAGAUUGUAAAGAGUUAAAUAGUAUACAUAUGGGUCAAGUUAUUUUUUUUUUUAAAGUUUAAUGGUCAAGUAUUCUUUAAAUUCAAUUAUCAUAAGAUCACACAACUUAGUACAUAGAUGCAUACGAUUACUAAAAAACAAAUAAGCACAUAUCAUCUCACAGUCUCAUCAGCGAAGAUCAACUCAAGAGUAUCUCCUCCAUAGUUGGUUCUCUGUCUCCACGAAUGAACCAACUUCACUUCAAUGCGCCACCCUUGCUUGAAUGGCUUGAUGUUUUUAAGCAAAGAAACAUUUUUAUUAGUAGGCAUGGCUUUAGGGGUUCGAGUUUUUGAUGAUGGUUGAUAUUAUGAAUCUUGCGAUCAAUAUUUAUAGAUGGGUAGUUAUUUUUAGGGUAUUUUACGAAGUAUAUUCUGUGGGAUUUGUAAUUAAUUAUAUACAAAAUAUAGAAUAUUAAGAAUCAGUUGUUAUAGUUACCUAUAUUGUAGAUAUUGAUAUAUUCAUUGUAAAUCUGGUAUCAAGUAUAUUAAAUCGAUGAUAUUGUUUAGGUUGUUAUGGAAAAUAAAAAGAUUUUACGUGAUUAUGUUUCGAAAAUAUAGGAAACAAAUUGAGAAGGUCACGACAACAAUAAAUAUGUGAGCUUGAUCUCCAAGUUUUAAAAUAAAUGCUUAGAAUAUCAUAUAUGUUAGUACACUCACGAAAACUAUAUAUUAUUUAAAAGUAGAUAUUGCUUUGAUUAGUUAUAACAGAAUAUGAAUUUAUCUUUAGUUGCAACUAAAUGUAGAUAUUCUAAUUUUUUUAUAGACGUUAACAAUGGACCAACUUCAUCUUCUCCAAAUGCAUCAAUUUCUUCAGUAAAUUAUUAACAUAGUUUCAGAGCUUACAAUCCAAUAAUCUUUAGUAAAUGGUAAGACAACUAAAUGAACGUAAUUGUAUCAAGCGACAAUUAUUUUAAUAUUGUCUUCUGCUUUCAUUGACUUCAAAAGCAUAAAUGGACGUUAACAAUAGACCAACUUCAACUUCUCCACACUAAGAGUGAGUUACCUUCUCAGACACAUUUUUCUCUUUUUUAUCAUGAUAAGGCACUUUCCACUGGAGAGAUACAUUGUCCUCUUCCAUCCCAUGUGGUUUUACAGCAGUAUCCCUUCACGUUUGGUUAAGGGAAGUAAAAAACUCAUUUCUUUUUGUUUUUUUGAUUCUAUUUAGUUAGUGGGGACCAGAACUUUUCACUUAUAAAAAAAGAGUGUAUAUUUUAUCUAAAAAGAAAUAGAAAGCACGAUUGAUAUCUAAAAAGAAAUGAAAACACGUACAAAAAAUAAAAGAGAGCGAAUAUGUAUCAAAAGUAACUUUUUAAAUUCCCCAAUAUGUUAUAUGUGUCAACAUUUUAUAUUAUACUAUAUAAAUAAAUAUAUAAUCACAUAAAAUAAAUCAUUAAUUUUUUUCUUUAUAUUUUGAUAUCCAUAUGUAUAUAUGUAUUUUAAUAUUUUUUAAAAUCAAAUUUCAAUUUCAUACGGAGUAUUUUGAUAUUUGUGGACACAAAAUUUGUGGAUACAUUUCUCAUGGACACAUUUGAAAUAGUUGUGGACAUAUGUUUUAUCGAUAGUUUUUUGGUAUUUUGUAGAUACAUUUUUGAUGGACAAAUUUAAAACAUCCACUGAUAUGACAGAGACAUUUAGUGUACAAUAUUUUAUAGACAAAAUUUUGUGGACAAAAAUCUUAAAGUCUUACAAAUUUUAUGUACAAAAUUUUGUGGACAAGAUUGUUUGUAGACAAAUCAUACAAAUAUUCAAAGCUUCUUUUUCCAAAUCAGUAGCAGACUCUUACAUCUUUUAUAGUCACAAAGUAUUUCCCAUUCAAAUGUGUCUUGGAUUAUGUUCUCUUUGUCCCUCCAAACAUUCUGUUAAGUUUUUUGAACUAUAUUGUGCUACUCUUUCCAAAUGUUCUUCAAAGUUACAAACUUUCAAGAAAUUUAGAGAGACGUUAUCAAGUAUAAGCAAAAAAAUGACAAGGAAAAUGAUUAAAAACUCACUCUUUGUCACUAUUAUUACAGAUCUAUAGAUCUACAACUCUUGAAAGGAGAAAAGAGUUAAGGUAGACGAAAUAAAAAUCUCCGAAGACGAGCUCAUUUGAAGUUGGUUGACUAACAAACUUCUUUUUCUUCUUCGACUUUGAUUUGGCCAUGGUUCGCGAUUUACAGAGAAAAAAGAAAAAUAACAACAAAGUGAAAAAUUAAAAUCAAACAAUAUUUUUGCGCCUUUUAUGUUUUCAUGAUACGAAACAGAGAUGAAAAGGGUCUCGAUGAAAAGUAGAUGAAAAUGAAAAAAAAAAUGUAGAAAGACAGAAGAGGUGAAGAGAAAUAACAAAAUCAGACAUGCGACAAGGAUAAAAGCUUAAUCGUGGUCUUCAACAAUUAAUGAAAAAGAAAGAGAGAGUUUGGUGAAAUUAAAGUUAGAGAAUUGGGGAAGUAAAUGAAAAAGUAGAUCUGAGAUUGUAAAUUAAUUUACGGACUUUUGGAAAUUCAAAAAUAAAAUAAUUUUGGAAAGUGUAGACGAGGGCAUCUAAGACAAUACACAUAGAGAAAGUGUGUCUCCAGCAACAAGUGUCUUAUGUGUAAUUAGAAAGACAUAAUGUGUCUUAGAGAGUAAAAAUUUCCCAUACUAAUCAAUGUGUUGAGUAAAUUAUUAACAUAUGUUCAGAGCUUACAAUCAAAUAAUCUUUAGUAAAUAUUGUCUGCAAACACAACGCUACAAAAACACAAUGAUUAAACAAAUAAUCUGGGAAGACGUCUGUGAAUGUCAAAUUUUACAUGAAAACCACAAACUCUACUGAGUUAUAGAGAGUUAUAUCUAAGCGCAAAAAAAAAAAAAACAAAACCAGAAACUCUCGUGAGUUAUAGAUUUAUAUGUCUUGAAAAUAUUUUUUUAAUAAUGUCUUUUAUUUAAUAUCAAGAUUACUAAUGAUUGAAAAUGUAAUGUAACCAACUCUAGUAGAUAAGUCCAUUUUUUUAAAAAUCAUACAUGAAUGAGAAGUUAUGACUUUUUUUUUAAUAGAAAAGAUAUAAGAUGUAGAUAAUCAAAUAUGGCAUAUUAAGUAAGGGGGAAUUUUACUUCUACAGUUUCUUUGGUACCACAUUUCAAGUAUACCACUAGUAUGAAGACAUUUUUAUAAAUGCAUAUUUUAUUAAUGACCAAAAGACCAUACUAGCCCUAACCUUAUUUCUCCCUCGCGAUCCUUUUUUCUUCCUCUCUCUCUCGCAAUCUUUUUUCUUCCUCUCUGCCUCCGAUUCACCGGAGAUCCACCAUCUCUCUCUCGUGAUUUUUUUUUCUUCCUCUCUGCCUCCGAUUCACCAGAGAUCCAUCAUCACUCUCUCAUUCCACCGGUUCUCUGCGGUUCACACUGUCGACUCGUACUUCUGUACAAGAUUCCCAACUGGUAUGCAUCUAAUUUCUCCUUUUUUUUUUGUUUGUGUCGAUUAAUUUUGCGAAAUUUCAAUUUUGUGGUUACUCUAGUCGAAAAAUCAAACAAGGUUGCUUUAGACUUCUAAUCUGUACAGGUCGAUCUAAGAUAAACAGUUUUGAUUGUGAAAACAUUGAGUUUUUGACAACUUAAGACCCUUUAUAACCCUUUGUAAAUCUAAGUUAUUUUGUAAUGUAAUUGAUAUGUUCAGUUCCCGAGAAGCUGUGUUCAAGCUUAUAUGAGAGCCACAACCCUGCCAGCACACAUUUGCUUCGAUGUACAAUGGUAAUCACCAUUUGCAUCAUUGACUCUUGUUUUCUCUUAAAUCUUAUUGAACAAGCAUUGAGAUUUUUUUUUGUUUCUUCUUUUGUCUUAAAUUGCAGAAUCUGUUCCCUUUAGCGAACUAAUCUCCUCUGAUUCCUUGAUUGCGAAACCUCUGUUUCUCAGUUGUUGAUUUUGUUCCAUUUACUUUUUUACUUGCUCUCUCUCUCACAUACAAAGACCAUAGCUUUUCCACAAGUGUCAUGGCAGAAAAUUUUCAGGCUUUCUAUAUCAGAUUUUGAGUGUUUGGUUACUUUAACAGCCUGCUUCUGCUGAUGGAUCUGGAAACUGAAAAUCGAAUAGCUUCGGUUCUGUUGAGAGAAGCAGCAGAGUUGAGGAGACAAGCUGAAAAAGAUGGUGUCCGAGCUUAUCUUGAGAAGCCUAAUGUAAGGCAUCGACCUAACUCGAGGUUUCUCACAGCAACUGUCCUUGGUGUUCAACAAUGUAAUGCUUUUCUUUCCACCCUUUACUUAUUUUCGUUUUACAAAAGUUAAGAUUGAAAAGGAUAAGCCUUUGCAUUGCUAUAGUGUGUGAUAUUCUUUUGUUCGUUGAAACAAUAGUUGUAUGUUUUUGGAAGAGGAUUAUUUUAAUUGUUGGUGAAUGGUCGAUUCACAAUAAGAAAGUUGGCAGAAUCUGAAAGUUUUGUUUUGGGUUUUGCGUUUCUUAACAGUUCAAUGUUGUGACUUACGUGUCUGUCUAGUACUCAAUGUAGCUCAAUAUGUUAAUUAUUUACUCUAAUCUCUUGCAUGUUUCUUGACCAUAAUACAACAAACAGAGCGGUAGAAACCAAUGAGAUGUGGAAGGCUCAGGAGCAAGAAAACGAAAGGCUCAAAAGAAAAUCAAGAGAGGAAAGCAGCAGCAGCAGUAGCCAAAUGAAGCGGAGUAGUAGUUUCUCGAAAAGGAGUUUGGAUAAGAAAUGUAGCUCCAUUAAUGAGGAGAGAAAGAUCACUCAUCAAUCAUCAUUGGAAAAAAGAUUGUACUUGGAUGAUGAUGAUGAAGGUUUAGGAGAUGAUGAGAAUUGAGUCUUUUCUCCAAUCACAGUAUAUAUGUCUAUUUGCUAUAGCUUCUGUUACCUUUAGCUUUCUUCAUCUUCUGAGUCUCUUUGUAAAUGACAAGAACAAACAUGGGAGAGGCUCUGUUGGUCCUAGGAUGGAUGAAACUGUCCCUUAUCUUCUCACCGAGAAGGUUGAUCAAUUGCAAAGUUCUGAUACAAGGGAAAGGAAGGUAGUCUUGCUGCAGCUUGGGCUCUAACUAAUCUAUAUUAUCUUGCAUGUUAGAAACCUCUUAUAAGGGUUUAUAAAACUAUUUAUAAGAACUUAUAAAUCAUUUUUAAGGUUUUAAAAAUAUAUAUUUAUAAAAGUUUAUGAAUCUGUAUAUAAGGGUUUGUAAAAAUAUUAUAAGAGUUUAAUAAUCUUCAUAGCACAAUUUAUAAGAGUUAAUAAAUCUUUUUCAAGAGUUUAUAAAUCUUUACAAACAUUUAGAAGUAAAAUAUUCAUAAAGCUAUUAUAAGUGUCUAUAAUUCUAAUAUAAAUGUUUGUAAAUUAUUUAUAAUAAAUAAAAGAUUAUUUAUAAUGGUUUAUAAAACAAUUAAUAAGACUUUAUAAAAUCAGUCUAUAAGGUUUUUUAAAUAUAUUAUUAAAGUAUAAUUCAUUUAUAAGAGUUUAUAAAAUCAGUUUAUAAGGAUUAUAAAUAAUUAAUAAAUGUUUAUGAAUGAUUUAUGAAGAUUUAGAAAUCAUUUAUAAACCUUUAUCAAUAGUUUAUAUAUAUUCCUCAUGUGGUGGAAAACAGCAAGAUGAUGCAGUAGAGGUUCGUGGAGAUAUUGAGUUUGCUGUAUAGUUCUUAGCUAAGAAUAAGAGCGAGUGUCUCCAAGAAAAAUGGGGAGUGUUGGAGAAGUCUCUGGAGGCGGCUUUAGAUGUGGAUCAGACGAUCUUCGUGGUUGUGGCGGAAGACGUGGAGAGGAGCAAAACGACGGUGUUAUGGGGGGGGGGGGCAAGAAACUUCUCCAGCAAGAAGAUUUGCUUGCUUUACGUCCAUCGUCCUGCUCGGCAUGCCUCCUGCAGUGAGAAUCUUAUGCUUCUCUUUCUCUCUGACUUAACUGUUUUGUGGUGAAUUAUAAAAUAUUUAUGGAUGUUGAAUUGUUCUUGAGUGUAGAUUUGCUCAUGAAUCAUGAUUGAAUCGUACCGAGUCUAUAUAUAUAUAUCCUUUAGUUGAUUGUGGAUGAUGUUAAUGAUGUACCUCUGUUUGCUAAGAAAAUCUGAAAAAUAAUAUAAUUGUUUUAUAAAGAAGAGGCAGAGAAACCAUAUCAAAUUAUAUCAUUAUAAUAAAAUCCUUAUAAGACUUUAUAAAGAUAAUAAAUAAUUUAUAAAUGUUUAUAAAUCAUUUAUGAAAAUUCAGAAAUCAUUUAUAAGCCUUUAUCAAUAGUUUUAUAUAUUCCUAUAAAUGAUUUAUAAACCUUUAUAAAAUCACUUAUAAGAAUAUACCAAAUAUUUAUAAGGUUUUAUAAAAUCAUUUAUAAAUAUUUAGAAAGGUAAUUUCAUUUAUAAAGUCUUAAAUCAUUUAUAUGAAUAUAUAGAAACUUUUUAUAUGAAUAUAUAGAAACUUUUUAUAAGGGUCUAUAAAUCAUUUAUAAGAAUUUGUAGAAUAUCAAAAGGUAAUUAUUUUAUGAAGUCUUAUAACAUUUUAUAGAGGUUUAUAAAUCUGUAUAUAAGGUUUUAUAAAAAUAUUAUAAGAGUUUAAUAAUCUUCAUCGCACAAUUUGUAAGAGAAAAUAAAUCUUUUUCAAGAGUUUAUAAAUCUUUUAUAAGAUUUUAUAAAUCUUUACAUUUAGAAGUAAAAUAUUCAUAAAGCUAUUAUAAGUUUAAAAAGUUUAAAAAGUAAAAUCGGUGAUGUAAAUACACGGAGAUGCUCGUUACUAAUUUCUUAAAAAAGAAACUAGAGUAAAUGUAAAGUGCAAAUGAUUUACAGCUUACAAUCACUUAUAAGAACACGUGUUACACAUAUAUAUUACAGAAAGACAUGUGUCUUGUUUCUCUUAUAUGUGUCAAGAACAUAUAAAAACACGUGUCUUCUCUCUCUUUCUGCAACUCCAAUCUUCUUGAAAAUUGUAUUUCCCUCUGAAAACAUAAAAACAUAAGGUAAUUAUAAAUCAUUUAUAAGAAUUUGUAGAAUAUCAAAAGGUAAUUAUUUUAUGAAGUCUUAUAACAUUUUAUAGAGGCUUAUAAAUCUGUAUAUAAGGGUUUAUAAAAAUAUUAUAAGAGUUUAAUAAUCUUCAUCGCACAAUUUGUAAGAGAAAAUAAAUCUUUUUCAAGAGUUUAUAAAUAUUUUAUAAGAUUUUAUAAAUCUUUACAUUUAGAAGUAAAAUAUUCAUAAAGCUAUUAUAAGUUUAAAAAGUUUUAAAAGUAAAAUCGGUGAUAUAAAUACAUGAAGAUGCUCGUUACUAAUUUUCUUAAAAAAGAAACUAGAGUAAAUGUAAAGUACAAAUGAUUUACAGCUUACAAUCACUUAUAAUAACACGUGUUACACAUAUAUAUUAUAGAAAGACAUGUGUCUUGUUUCUCUUAUAUGUGUCAAGAACAUAUAUAUUACAUAUAAAAACAUGUGUCUUCUCUCUCUUUCUGCAACUCCAAUCUUUUUGAAAAUUGUUUUUCCCUCUGAAAACAUAAAAACAUAAGGCUAAAUAUAUAUAUAUAUAUAUUAUUUUACGGUUUCUUUUAUAAGGCCUUAUAAAUAUAAAAAUUGUAAUAAAUACCUCAAGCGGGUUACGUUUAUAAAAAUACUUAUAAAAUUUAAAAGAGCUUAUAAAACCUUGUAUCAACCAUCUAUAAAGUUUUUAAAACAUAUAUAAAUAUUUAUAAAACUAUUAAAAAGGGUUUAUAAAACUAUUUACAAGAACUUAUAAGCUAUUUAUAAGAGUUUUUACAUUUAUUUAUAAGUGUUCAUAAAUUAAUUUACAAGGUUUAUAAAUCUAUUUAUAAGAGUUUAUAAAUAACCAAAUUAACCAACUUUCCACCAUUUCUUUACUUAUUAAAGAACAUCAUUCUUUUACAGUUUCUUUUAUAAGGCCUUAUAAAAAGGUAUAAUUGAGCAUUGAGAUGAUUGAGCAUUGAGAGACACUUGGGGUUUCUGAAUUUAUAAUGGUUUAUAAAAAUUUAUAAAGGGUUUACAAAACCACAAUGUUAGAUGAACGCCUCAGUUCUGCAGAUGCACAUAAUGUAGCCAGACCAGAUAUAUAGCCUUCUAGGACCUUUUUCACAGCAAUAGCAAAAGCCUGAUUAACAAGAGUAUACUGGCUCUUGUUAUUGGCUCUUCAUUUUUACCUACUUUACAGCUCCCCCUUGUCCCUCAACUUCUAACUUAAAGUUCAUGAAAUGGAUCUACGAAGUUAUGGAGAAGAAAGACCAAAGAACCAAAACAGCCUAUGUUUCAAAGAAUCUGUCCCAAGGCGUCAGUGCUUGAUAACUGAUGCCACAAGCUCAAACUUUGGUGGGUUGUCCUAUCAGCUGGCUCAGAGCAUAAUCCAUAAGAGAGCUUCUGUAUGCUAAUAAGAGAAGAACACCUUGCAGAGCAUUCAACGCCAACCUAACCAAGCUUAAUUCCUAUUAAAAAGCAACAAAAUUGUCAGAGAAUGUGGCCAAAAGUAGAAGUAGUCUCAAUAUACUUCUUUCAUUUCAUCUAAGCACUAAAGAUAUUCCAUUGUUCUGUAAUUAAUUACUAAGAAUAGAAAUCUGAGAACAUCACAUUGUAAUCUUCCCUAAGAUAAUGAUUUCGUCGUAACUCAAUACAGUACAUCGAGUACUAAACUCAAAUCAAUAAAAUUGAUACUUCUUUUUCCCCAAAUCAUUCCCUAUUAAGUUUCCGAUUCUAGCCACUCAAGCGAAAUGCAAAGCUCAUGUUUCCACGCAUACAAACAUGAAAAGUGUAAAUGGUGAACUUACAGAGACAAAGGAAGAAGACAGAGGAGAAGCACGAGUUGGAAGAGGAAAUUGGCAGCUCUGAGAAUGUAAGGACUCUCAAUUACUUGGUGGAAGGUAAAGCUCCUCCUGUUUGAGCUUCUCCAGAAGCGAAUCAACGCUCGUCGCCACUGUCAUUAUUUUUCAAUGGAGGAGAAAGUGAGAGAUCGUCUUGUUCGCCUAAGCUUGUAGAGUUUUUCAGCUUCGUCGGAGAAUUCGUUAGCACCGUCAAAUCCAUUAGAGAACUCGCCAGCACCGUCCGGAGAACUCGUCAGGAUCGUCGGAUUUGAUCACCGUCGAAUUCGAAAUCAAUCUGGAAACUCUCAGAUUUGGAAUUAAGGGAGAAAGAGAGUAAUUUAGGUUUAAUUAUUCAGGGGUAUAAUGGUACUUUGUCUAUUAAAAUUUUAAUGGUAAAAUUGAAAAGUGUAAAGUUGAAAUGUGGUAUUAGGAAAGUGGUAUUAGUGGCAAUUCUCCAUUAAGUAAUUAAUAGUCUUACUAUGAUUUAUAAAUAAUAGAUAACAAAACAAAAUCCUAAAUUAAAUAUUAGAUAUUCAUAUGUAGAAAACCUUUAAUAAUAAAUUUAACGGUACAGCAACAAACAAACGUCGGACCGUAAGUAACUAACGUAUCUAAAUGGCGAUAAUAGUUUUUUGCACAAAACAAAUAGAUUGUGCAUGAAGUUUUGAAUUUUAUUUUUUUAAAAGAGGUAUGAUUUUGCACCGUCAUAUACGCUGGAUAUAAAUUGAACAUAUUAUCAUAUAUACUUUUUUUUUUUUUUUUUUGGUAACAAAUUGGUACUCGCAGUUUAUGAUUCCAUUUUUCUCAAUUCAAAAUAAUAAAAUUCGUUACUACAUUUUAAUUCUUUCUCAAAAUCUAUAUCUUUUUUUUUGUAACUGCUCAAAAUCUAUAUCUUGUGUUGUGUUUAUUAUUUUUACCAAGAAAAGCUACAAACUUGCUUUGACUAGUAUCUUCAAUAUCUUUUGCCGGAGGUCUCACAUUUUUCUGUAGACAAAUAUUAAUACUAUCUAAUUAUUUUUGACCCAGUGACGUAGUUUUAUAGGUUCCAAUUUUACUUCCAUGUCAAACAAGUAUUCAUUGCCUUACUAAAAAUUUCUAAACCAGAAUUGGAACCUUAUGCACCGGAGGUGAAUUCAUUACUUUACGUACCAGAUCUAACUCUACUAUUUAGUUUGGUAAUUUAUUUAUAAUUUUAUAGUAUAACUUUUGAGUACUAGUCUUCACUUUUUUUAAUAUCAUAUGCGAAUAUUAUUUGCAGCUAUUGGAUUCAAUGUUCUCCAGCUUUUUUUUUUUUUUAAAUCAUAUGCGAAUAUUUACUUUGUUUUGCCUUUUCUUCUUAAUCUUUUAACACUUUCGUUCGUUUUGGACCAAAGACAAGCAUAAAAGGAAUACAGUAUUCUCUCGAUUGCUAUAACUGAAAAUGAUGGUAUUUUUGUCUACCUUCUUCCUUUUUAACCAACAAUCGUAUUUUUGUCUACCUUCUAUAGGAAACGCACUUCAUUCUGCUUUUUAUCCUUUUAUUUCACUUAUAAAAACAUGUUAUUACCGCUCCUCUUUGCCAAAUUGGUUUAUAUACUACGUAGAAGCCAUAGCCCACAUGGCUGAGCAAAUAGAAUCCUACAUUUUUUUUAUAAUUCCAACAGUUGUCUCCACAUGAUAGCUACUCUACUCUUUUUUUUUUCCAGUUCCAAUUUAAAAUGCAACUUAUCUUCGUUUCUUUGUAGUUUCAUAUUCUCUAAAUAAGUUAUCCAAUUUCAUUUUAUAAUGAAACUAAAAGAGUUAAGUUAAAAAUAGACAGAGAUCAACAAGCUGUUCAUUCCACUACCGAUAAACAACAAAUCCACCGUUCUUAGAUACGACGACAGGUGUCUCUGGACACGCACACGUUGCUGACCUCACCACUACUAAAUACCUUUUUCAACAGUGUAAAUCACAAAUCAUAUUCAAUUAAACUUAAAUCCAACAAUUUCGAAUUCGGUAUAACCACGGCACAUCACUAUAAUAAUUCAAAUCAAGGUGCAAUAAUCAAACGAUAACACAAAUUUAUUUCUAAACAAACUAUUAAAACAUAAGUUGAUGGAAUAACAAACUAAAAUAUCGAAUUCUCAAUAAUAAACAAAAAUACAAAACGACCGAAGAUGAACAAAAAAAUCCUUAAACCGAUUUAAAACACCAAACUACAGUAUCAAAGUAGCGACGAAUACAAAUCCCGUAAAAGAUCCGGCGGAGAGUCCAGCCGCGUUAUUGUCGUUAGCAGGAGUAGAUUCGGUCGGGCCAGAAGGAGCAUUUGCGGCAGGCGCUCCAUCGGGGGUAACAGAUGUCGGAGGAGCCGGUGGUGAAUCGAAGGUGGAGGUGGGUGAACCAACCGGAGGGGAGGUGGGAGCUGCCGUGGGAGUGACGCGUGAUGGAGUUGGUGCGGCGGUUCUUGGAGGCUGUGAUAUUGGAGGAGUGGCGGGAAGAGGAGAUCUUGUUGGAGAUGGUCCCGGAGCCUGAGCUAUUACUGAUGAAGCUAUGAGAGCGAGGAGGAGGAAAACGACGAUGGAUUUUGAGGCCAUAGAUUCGUACUUUGAGAUUACGACAAGAAGGAGAGAGAGACGAGAGGUAAAAGUUAUGUUUCGAGAAAAGAGAAGAUGAAGUGGCUUUAUAUAUUGAAGACUGGAGAGGAGAGAGUUACGUGAGAGAGUCAGAGAUGUGCUGUAAACGCAACAACAAAUGUUUAUUGUGCUGUACUAAUUUAUUUGAUAAAAUGUUUAGUUAGCUAUUUUCUUCCUUUUCUUUUUUUUUUUGAAUAUUUGAUAGUUAUGUUUUUUUUUGUUUACUCAUUUUUAUCAAUAACAACCAUUUUAUUUAGUCAUAUAUAAAUUAACUUUUAUUUUAUUUUAAUAUUUGAUGUCGUAUAUUAUGUAAUAUUAAUAAUUUAAUUGUCGAACAUUAUUUAGAUUUGAUAUAUGAUCAUAUUUGAUAAGUAAUCUAUGAAAUUUUUUUAGUUGAUUAAAGUAAAUUCAGUGAUAUUAUUUCAAUAUAUAUAAUAUAUGAUAAGUAAGAUUAUUUAGAUUUCUUACUUGUUGACAAAAAGAAAAAAAUUAGGUUUCUUAUUUAGUUUAUGAUAACCUGGUUUGUAUGUGAUUAAUUGGUUUUAUAUAUGAUCAUAUUUGCAUUCUUCAAGUUAUAAAAUUCUUUACAAAAUAUGCAGGAAAAGGUAAAUUGAUAAUUUAACGUUGAUACAAUUUGUUUAAUGGUUUGUGGCUGAGUUUAACUAAUCCUUAUGUAUUAAAAGAGAAUCAUUUGUCACUAAUGUAUCUAUUUUUUCCCGAGUGCAGCGGGCUCAGGAUAUGCCUCGCCAAAACUGGAGUCGUGAUGCUCUGGUAAAUGCUAGACCCUCCCAGCAGUCGUCGCUGCAGAACCGGGAGCUGCAAUCUUCACGAUAUUAUACGUCUAAGCCGGUAAGGUAUGAUGAUAAGAGUACGCGAGGACAGGGGCCUCGCUACUGGGAGAACGACAGCAGUCGGGGUCGUCACUCGGAUAGGAUUAUCCGUAGCAGAGACGAUCAUUUAGGGAGGAACAGGUAUGGUAGGGCACGGGUUAAUCCUGGUCCCUAUGCGCGUCCAAACGAGAAGGCAUGGAAAGUGAAACCGAAGACGCAUGAAGUGGGAAGGGGUCAGUCUGCUGUUGAUGAGGAUGCAAUGAUUCGAGGAGCUACGUCCGGUGAGAUAGUUCCUUAUGAACAAUCUCCUGAGCACAAAUCACGUUCCAUAGUUGAUUCGGCUGCGAUGAGGAGUGGUGCAAAAACAAGCAACAGAAAGUUAGCAAGCACCAUUGUGACUCCGGUGCGUGCAGAUCAUCCUAUGGAGGAAAACGUUACUUUACGUGAUAGGGGUGAGGCUAGAGCUCUCGCGUUCUCCCCUAAUGGCGAGCCGAGUCAUGCCGAUGACCUUAUCAUUGGGGCGCUGAGUGAUAUGGAGAUAAUGGAACAGUCUGAUGGUACACUGAUGGCUGAUGGAGAUGAUGGCGAGGACCUGCUAGGCUUAGAUCUUAUGGAGUUGGAGGAUAGACAACCUCAACUGCGGUCUCUUCAGGACUUGGGACGGCGUAGCAGCUCGAGGUCAUCACGGACUAAUAAGCUGGGUGCGAAACGUAGUGCCCCUUUGGGCAUUAAUAACAGGAAGUUCGAGAUCCUUCGUAGGGGAUCUCCAAGCAAACGAUCAACGGCCACAGUCUCUCAUGUAGCUGAGGGUGGUGAAAAGCCACGACGUCAUAAUGGCUCUAGUAAGGAAAAAGAGAAGGCGUCAAAACAUGAUGGUUUGAUGAGUUCCAAAUACUCAUCGCGACGCCAUCAAUGAAGACAAUCAGUUGGAACUGUCGGGGGAUUGGGAACGACCUCACAGUUCGACGCCUUACGGAGAUGUGUCAGAAGCAUCGCCCAGGACUUGUGUUCCUUUCUGAAACAAAGAACAGGAGGCUGAUGUUGCAAAACAUUCAGGCCGACUUAGGGUUUGAUCAUUUGUUUACUGUUGAGCCACUUGGUCUCAGCGGAGGUUUAGCUUUAUUUUUUAUGGAUGAAUUUCAAGUUAAUGUUUUAUUUUCGAAUAACCGUAUGAUUGACAUUGAGGCAGUCAUUGAUGGAAUAAAAAUCUAUAUGACAUUUGUUUAUGGGGAUCCUGUAUUAGAAAGACGUGAUCAAGUUUGGGAACGUCUUACGCGUUUCUCAACAACAAGAUCUGGACCUUGGUUUAUGAUAGGGGAUUUCAAUGAAAUUACGGGUCAUGAUGAAAAAGUAGGAGGAAGACAACGGGCUGAUAGUUCUUUCCUGCCUUUUAAGCAGAUGCUUAGUGAUUGUGGAAUGCUAGAGUUCCCUUUCACGGGAGAUAUGCUUUCAUGGGUAGGUAAAAGAGCAGGUGGAAUGACCGUUAGAUGUCGCUUAGACAGGGCAGUAGGAAAUGCAGAUUGGCAUGAGAAGUUUCCUCACUCGAGUGUCAAGUAUAUGAGAUUGUGGGGAUCGGAUCAUCGUCCGGUUCUCGCAGAUAUACUCGUAAAACCAAUGAGGAGAUCAAAAAAAUUUAAGUUUGAUAAAAGAUGGUUAGACAACGAGGAGCUAAGGCAGGUCAUCCUGGAGGGAUGGAAAUCUCCUGAUUUACCUCCAGAAGCGACUAUUAUGGAACAUAUCUCUAGCUGUCGAAAAGCUUUAGGGGAAUGGAGGAGGCAGCAUAAUGUCAACUCUGCGAGACUGGUGGAGGAAUUGAAAGAGAAAGUGGAGGGCAUGUAUGCGGAUGACAAUGCUACCACUGAAGAAAUUGCCUCAGCAUUGAAGGACCUCUCUAAUGCUCUUAAAGCAGAAGAAAUGUUCUGGAAACAGAAGAGUCGAGUGUUCUGGCUAAGAGAGGGGGAUAGAAAUACAAAGUUUUUUCAUGCACUAACAAAACAGAGAAGAGCCAGGAAUAAAAUUACGCAGCUCCAAGAUGUGAAUGGAAAUAUAGUUGAGGAUGAAGAGGGUUUAGUAGCCAUUGCUACUAGUUACUUUAGACAGAUCUUUGAAUCGUCUAACCCUGAGGACAUUGAAGAGGCGUUAGCUCAAGUUCCUACGACAAUCACUGGGGCAAUGAAUGAGAACCUUACAGCUCCGGUAACGGAAUGGGAGGUCAAACUGGCUCUUUUUGCUAUGCAUCCAGAGAAGGCUCCAGGACCAGAUGGGAUGACUGCGCUAUUCUAUCAGAAAUUCUGGGAUAUUGUAAAGGAUGAUUUAACUCUUAUGGUUAAUAACUUCCUUAUCGAGGGAACGGUGGUGAAUGGAUUAAAUGAUACAAAUAUAUGUCUCAUCCCGAAGACGGCCAAGCCGAAUGAUAUGGCUCAAUUCCGGCCAAUAAGCUUGUGUAAUGUAAGCUAUAAAAUAAUUUCGAAGGUCUUAUGCCAGAGAUUAAAGAAAGUGCUACCAGGCUUGAUUUCAGAGACCCAGUCAGCCUUUGUUGCUGGGAGACAGAUUUCAAACAAUAUUAUGAUUGCCCAAGAAAUGUUCCAUGCGCUGAGGACUAAACCAAGUGGUCGCAGUAAAAGGAUGGCUAUUAAGACGGACAUGAGCAAAGCAUAUGACAGAAUGGAGUGGUCAUUCAUUGAAGCCGUCAUGCGCAAAAUGGGUUUCUCAGAGACGUGGAUAACCUGGAUAAUGCGAUGCAUUACGUCGGUAAAGUAUAAGGUGCUUAUGAAUGGUCAACCAAGAGGAAAUAUCGUUCCUGGUAGAGGCUUAAGACAAGGAGAUCCUUUGUCUCCUUUCAUCUUUAUUCUAUGCACGGAAGCGCUCGCUAGCCUUCUUAAUCAUGCAGAGAAUCAAGGGAAGAUAACGGGGAUGCGUGUCACACGCGCGUGCCCUUCGGUAUCUCACCUUCUCUUUGCUGAUGAUAGCCUUUUCUUCUGUAAGGCGGAGCCCCGUGAAUGUGAAGAAGUAAUGAAAGUAGUCAGGAAAUAUGGUAAAGCUUCUGGCCAAUGUAUCAACUUCGAUAAGUCGUCCUUACUCUUUGGUAAGCGGAUCAAUGCAAAUACCAGGCAAGAGAUCAAAGAUGCAAUGGGUAUACAAAACGAAGGAGGGAUGGGAACCUACUUAGGUAUCCCAGAAGAUAUAAGUGGAUCCAAAUGCAAAUUGUUUGCAUUCCUCAAGGACAAGUUAAUGCACAGGGUAAAUGGAUGGACGGGUAGGUGGCUUUCAAAAGGAGGGAAGGAAGUUCUGAUAAAAUCUAUUAUGCUAGCUCUUCCGACUUAUGUCAUGUCUACUUUCCUGCUCCCUUUAGAGAUAUGUGAAAACCUAGCUAGUGCCAUCGCACGGUUCUGGUGAAGUUCAAACCCACCAAAGAGAGGAAUUCACUGGGCGAAAUGGGAAAAAGUUUGCCUACCAAGGGAGGAAGGAGGGAUUGGGUUUCGUAUGAUCCAUGAGUUCAAUCUGGCAUUGUUGGCAAAACAACUAUGGAGGUUGGUUCAAUUCCCAGACUCAUUGGUCGCUCGGGUCUUGAAGGGGAGAUACUACAGAUUAACCUCACCGCUGAGAGUAAACUCUGCUAGCUGCCCAUCUUAUGUGUGGACUAGCAUUUCUGCUGCAAGGAAGCUGUUAUUGCUGGGAAUCAGACAGAAGAUACACUCAGGUUAUGAAGUAAAGGUGUGGGAGCAUCCGUGGAUCCCAACGAUCCCAGCGAGGCCGACUGUCCCUGUGGCACCAGUAAUGCAUCCUAACAUGAGAGUAAGCGUUCUCAUUGAUCAGAUAGGGAAGGAGUGGGAUGUGGGAUUAUUGGAGAAUUAUAAAUCCCGAGGACAUACCGCUUAUAAGGAGUUUGGCCAUAAGUUCGACUUCAAUAAUCUCCGUCAAGAUCCCGUAGAAAUCUGUUUCCCCUUUCACACAUAUUCCAUAGUUACUGGUCGCCCGCUGUCUACC